AUGGCAGGUUGGAAUCAUACAGGUGUGAAGGAAUUCCUUCUGGUAGGUUUAACUGAAAAUCCUAAUUUGCAGAUCCCUCUCUUUGUGCUUUUCAUUCUUAUUUAUUUCAUCACGCUGGUAGGUAAUUGGGGGAUGAUCGUGUUGAUCUGGUUAAAUACUCAACUUCAUAGUCCAAUGUACUUCUUCCUUAGCAACCUCUCUUUUUGUGAUAUCUGUUACUCUACUGUCAUUGCUCCUAAAAUGCUGGUCAAUUUCCUGUCAAAACACAAGUCCAGCACAUUUGCCGGCUGUGUUCUACAGAGUUCCUUUUUUGCAGUGUAUGGAUCCACAGAAGGCAUCCUCCUCUCUAUGAUGGCUUAUGACCGCUAUGUAGCAAUAGCCAACCCUUUGCUGUAUACAGUCAUUAUGACCCAAAGGGUUUGUAUUCUGAUGGUUCUUGUAUCUUACUUGGGAGGGCUCAUUAACUCCCUGACACAAACAAUAGGUUUGCUCAAACUAGACUUCUGUGGUCCGAACAUUGUGAAUCAUUAUUUCUGUGAUAUCCCCCCUCUUCUGAAACUCUCUUGCUCAGAUGCCCACAACAAUGAAAUGCUGCUUUUAAUAUUCUCUGGGGUCGUUGCAAUGUUCACUUUAAUUAUCAUUGUGGUCUCUUAUACUCGCUUCAUCAUCGCCAUCCGGAGAAUCCACUCGGCUGAGGGGAGGCACAAAGCCUUCUCUACUUGUGCCUCCCACCUGACUGCUGUGACCUUAUUCUAUGGCUCUGGAACCUUUAGUUACAUCCAGCCAAGCUCUCAGUAUUCCCUGGAACAGGAGAAGGUCUCCGCUGUGUUUUAUACGUUGGUGAUCCCCAUGCUAAACCCACUGAUUUAUAGUCUGAGGAAUAAGGAUGUGAAAGAUGCAGCAAAAAGGUCAAUAUGGCGGAAAAGAACCUCCACUUGA